AUGUAUAGCCUCCCUCUCUCGCGUCCUAAGCGAAACCUCUCUAGAGACUUUGCAGACGGCGUGUUGAUGGCUGAAGUUGCAAACCACUGUAUUCCCCAACGGGUAUUCAAGCGAGUCGGGCUGAAGCUGACUGCAGCAGAAAUAGACGGAGUGGUUGCAGCGAAGCCAGGGGCAGCAGAAAGCAUCAUUCGCCGUUUUAAACAACGAGCUGAGGCGCUGAAGCAGCAAUCCGCAAGAGACGCAGAAGGAACCACCAAAGGCACUCAUUUGGCGCGCUGCGCACCGCAAGCGCCUCCUCGGCCUACAAGCCAGCAAGAAUGGGCAGCACUUCUGGCAGAAAGGGAUGCAACUAUUCAGGAGCUUGUGGAUACAAAUGCUAUUUUAGCAGCAAAGGCUGAUAGUCUGCAGAAGCUGCUUCAGCUGCGGGAUACCAAAAUAGAGCUUCUAACGAAGGCGUUGCAAGCCGCCGCAGCCCCUCCCCCUCAAUAA